AUGCAAAUGAAUUUGGCAAAGCUGAGUGUUUCUUCAGCUAUCAAAUGCACUUUGAAUCAUAAACCCACACUUAAAACAACCAUAAAUCUAUCAAUCUUGGAUACGAAAUUACUCCAAUGCCAAACUCUCAGGCAAUUUAACCAAAUUCUCUCCCAGAUGAUCUUCACUGGUUACAUCAAAGACGCAUAUGCUGCAAGUAGAAUGCUCAAGUUCUCAACUGACUCGUCAUUCAUUCACAUUGUUUACUCUCAGAAAAUCUUCAAUCGCAUCGAGAACUCAAACGGGUUCAUUUGCAACACCAUGAUGAGAGCUUAUGUACAGAGAAACUAUCCUCAAGAAGCUGUCUUUCUUUACAAAUUGAUGCUGGAGAACAACGUGUGUCCCGAUAAUUAUACUUACCCAAUUCUAGUUCGAGCUUGCACUCUACGAUUCUUGGAGUUUGAGGGUAAAGAGAUUCAUGAUCAUGUCUUGCAGACGGGUUUUGACUCGGAUGUUUAUGUUCAGAACACUAUGAUUAAUAUGUAUGCAGUUUGUGGGAAUAUAUGUGGUGCAAGGAAGGUGUUUGAUGAAAGUCUUGUAUUGGACUUGGUUUCAUGGAAUUCGAUGUUGGCGGGGUAUGUUCAAAUGGGAAAUGUAGAGGAGGCAAACUUAAUAUUUGGUCUGAUGCCCAAAAAGAACUUAAUUGCGUCGAAUUCUAUGAUUGUGUUGCUGGGUCGGUCAGGUCGUGUUAGUGAGGCUUGCCUGUUGUUCAAUGAAAUGCAAGGAAAAGAUUUGGUUUCAUGGACUGCAUUGAUUUCUUGUUAUGAGCAGAAUGACAUGCAUGAAGAGGCUUUGAAUACAUUCGUACAAAUGAAUGCUAAUGGAAUUAUGGUAGAUGAUGUUAUAGUCAUUAGUGUUCUUUCAGCAUGUGCACACUUAUCGGCAGUGAAGACCGGAGAAUUAAUCCAUGGAUUAGUUUUAAGAAUUGGAAUUGAAUCUUACAUUAACCUUCAAAAUGCUUUGAUUCACAUGUACUUAAUGUGUGGGCGUAUAAGGGCUGCAGAACAGCUGUUCAGUGCAAGUCACCACUUGGACCUGAUAUCUUGGAACUCUAUGAUCUCUGGUUACUUGAAAUGUGGCUCAGUCGAAAAAGCCAGGGAACUGUUUGAUUCCAUGCUUGAAAAGGAUAUUGUAUCAUGGAGUGCAAUGAUAUCCGGUUAUGUGCAACUUGACCGGUUCUCAGAGACCUUAGCGUUGUUCCAGAAGAUGCAGCUUGGAGAUAUUAGGCCUGACGAGACCACCUUGGUGAGCGUGAUCUCUGCUUGCACGCACUUAGCUGCCCUUGACCAAGGCAAAUGGAUACAUGCAUACAUAAGGAAGAAUGGACUUUCCAUUAAUGUUAUUCUUGGUACAACCCUUAUAGACAUGUACAUGAAAUGUGGUUGUGUUGAAAAUGCUGUGGAGGUCUUUGAUGAAAUGGAGAAAAAGGGAGUAUCUUCUUGGAAUGCUCUGAUUCUUGGGUUUGCCAUGAAUGGGCAAGUGGAAAGGUCACUUGAGAUGUUUUCAGACAUGAAGAAACAUGGGGUAGAGCCUAAUGAGAUAACCUUUGUGGCGGUUCUAGGGGCCUGUCGACAUAUGGGCCUAGUAGACGAGGGUCGCUGCUACUUUGAUUCUAUGAUUCACUCACACAAUAUUGAACCCAAUUUUAAACAUUAUGGAUGCAUGGUUGAUCUCCUUGGACGUGCAGGCUUACUUAAACAAGCAGAGCAAUUAAUUAACAGUAUGCCUAUGGCACCUGAUGUUGCUACUUGGGGUGCAUUGCUAGGGGCUUGUAAAAAACACGGUGAUAAUGAAAUGGGGGAGAGGGUAGGAAGGAAGCUUAUUGAGCUUCAGCCCAACCAUGAUGGCUUUCACAUACUACUAUCCAAUAUAUAUGCUUCAAAAGGUAACUGGGAUGAUGUUCUUGAGAUCAGAAGGAUGAUGGUGGAUCAGGGAGUGGUCAAAACCCCAGGCUGCAGCCUGAUUGAAGCCGGUGGUGUUGUUCAUGAAUUUCUAGCAGGAGAUGAGACACAUCCUCAAAUAAAUGAGAUUGAGGUGAUGUUGGGUGAAAUAGCUAAGAGAUUGAAGAAUUUAGGUUAUGUACCACAUAGAGAGGAGGUUUCCCUUGACAUUGACGAAGAGGAGAAAGCGACUACUCUUUUUAGACACAGUGAGAAGCUUGCGGUUGCUUUUGGGCUCAUUGCGAUUUGUCCAUCAACACCCAUAAGAAUAAUGAAGAACUUACGAAUAUGUAAUGAUUGUCAUACCGUGGUAAAGCUUAUUUCCCAAGCUUUUAAUCGUGAAAUUGUUGUGAGGGAUCGGCAUCGCUUUCACCACUUUAAGCAGGGUUCUUGUUCAUGCUUGGAAUAUUGGUAACAGAUAAUGACAUAGAAGGAAAUUGGUUUGACAAUACUCCUCUUAUCAGCAUCACUUGCUAUUAUGCAUACAGACA